CUAGCUUCCGGGGGCGGGGGGAGGAGGUGCUGGGCAGGGCCAUAAUAAAUGUUAGUUGAGGUAGUAAGUGUCAGGAUGAUCACUGACGAAUCAAAGAAAGCAUGAGCCCUUACCUGGGCCCGCAAGCGUCAGAGUCCUCGCUGAUUAAGUCAAGAAACAUUUUCUGAGCACCCAAUGUGUGCCAAGCACGGGGCAUAUAGUGUGAGUAACGACAGCCCCUAUCCUAUUGCCCUGCCUUCUGAGUGCAAGGCCAAGAACAAGGAGGAGCAGUGUAAGCAGACCCUCAGGGGAACUCUGGGAAACCCCCCAAAAUAGUAAACCCCUCUUGGAAACCGAGGCUCAGAGAAACUGAGUGACUUGCUGAAGAUCACACAGCUAAUAAGCGGCAGAACCAGGACUGGAACUUGGUCUGACUGAUCCUGGAAUCUGCAUUCCCACUGGCCCCAGGAUGGAAAGUGAGUACCUAAAGAAGUGCUUUGGAAACUGCCUGACCCAGGCACUGGUGGAAGUGGCGAAAGUUCGGCCCAGUGACCCAAUAGAAUACCUGGCUCACUGGCUUUAUCAUUAUAGGAAAACAGCUAGAGCAAGAGAAGAGAACAGGCAGGAGAAGAUCCAACUGAAGGAAGAAUAUGACAGUAGCUGCAGGGAAAGGGCAAUGACAGAAAUGCUGAAGCAAGAAGAAUGGCAGAUGCAACAGAAGUGUGAAAAGUGUCACAAGGAACUGAUUUCAGAAACUAUUUCCUCAAAGAAGACUGUAUUCAUGCAGGAAGACACGAAACCCCUUGAGAAGGAGGCCUUGAAGCAGGAAUCCCUGCAAAGUGCUCCCGGUGUGAUUCUAGGAGAGCCUCAGCAGGCCCCUCCUUCAGAGUCUGCUGGCCAGGCUGACUGGAACCCCCCAACUCCACAAGAACUAAAUCACCAGGAAGCUCUUCAGCAUGAAGUUGCUCAUGAAAUUCCUUCUGGCUCCAAAUCUCCUUCCUAGAUGGUUCUAAAAUUCUUCCCUCAAAGCUGGAAGCUGGAGGAGCUCUUACUUAACCCAAGAUUUGAGGAUCUGUAAAAGGUGGCCUCUCAGUCCGUCUUAAUGUGAUAGCCAUGAAAACCCCUUAAUCAUGUGAAGAUUUGAACCAGUUAUAGGAUCAAAUAAACUGUGAAUAAGGAUUUAAAAUAAAUAAAUGAACCACUGAGA